GUGUUGCGAACGGCCGCGCGCACUCUGUAGUACGGAAGUGCGGUGUCGAGAGCGUAGUCAGAGAACAGAUUGAACUUGAGUAGCGCUGCUUUGUCGCCUUUACACUCCGAGUGUGCUGCACGAGAGUCAGGGACGACGGCGUUUUGCUUCUGGAUCUUCUCGCGUUUCCAUUUGUUUUGGGAUAUAGGUCAUUUAUUUUUGAGGUUUUGUAGACUGUUGAAGGAGAAGAAAAGCAGCCUUUCACCAACGUCCAGAAAUCGCUUCGCGAUUGAUUCUUGGAGAUGCUGAUCCGAGUCCAAGAAGGAGGAAUUCCAGGCGCCAGAUUAUCCAAGCCAACCAUUACCUACCUCUCUAUUUAAAACUCACCCAGUGGUUUUCAAACUCCCAGUUUACACACACACACCAUGGCGUUUUUAAUGAAGAAGAAGAAGUUCAAGUUCCAAGUCCAUUUCACUUUAGAGGAGCUGACGGCUGUGCCGUUCAUCAACGGGAUGCUCUUCUGCAAAAUCCGACUUCUGGAUGGGGGAGACUUUGUCAUAUGUUCAUCUAGGCAAGAGGUACAGGAGAACUGUGUUCGCUGGCGAAAGAAGUUCUCCUUCGUGUGCAAGAUGAGCGCUAAUCCUACGACGGGGGUGUUGGACCCCUGCAUCUGCCGAGUGUCCGUGCGUAAGGAACUGAAGGGGGGAAAGUCUUUCUCAAAGCUGGGCUUUGCUGACCUCAACAUGGCGGAGUUUGCAGGUUCAGGCUCCACCGUGCGCUGCUGUAUCCUGGAGGGCUAUGACACCAAGAACACCCGGCAGGACAACUCCAUUCUGAAGGUUACUAUUGGGAUGGCUCUACUCUCCGGGGAUCCUUGCUUUAAAACGCCCCCAAGUACGGCUAAAAACACAAGCCUCGCUGGUCAGGACCCGUCUCUACAGCUGGACUGUAAGGGAGAAGGCACCGGCGACAACUUGACUCCACCCCCUGGCAUCAGCCCACAAAUCAACACCAGUCGCGCAGUCAAACCCAGAAUCUCUGUGCCAUGUUCAGUUGUAGGUCUGCCUGAAGUGUUGGAUGAGAACCUCUCAAGCCCGGAAGAAGUGUUUCACACUGGCCACUCACGGAAUUCCAGUUAUGCCAGCCAACAGAGCAAAGUUUCAGGCUACAGCACGGAGCACUCAGGCUCGUCCAGCCUGACGGACCUGAGCCAGCACCGGAGAAACACGUCCACCAGCAGCAGCAGCACUUCAGCAGGGACCACCACGGCUACCGAAAGCUCAGCAGAACCGGACAGAGAGUCGGUGAAACCCGAGAAGCCUCCUCGCCCACCAAGGCCUGCCGCGCUCACUAACCGACCUUCUAGGAGAAAGAAGGACUCUGUAGAGAAUCAUCCCACCUGGGUGGAUGACACGCGCAUGGAUGCUGAUGACAUCGUAGAGAAGAUCGUUCAGAGUCAGGACUUUGCAGAUGUCAGCAACAAUGAAGAUAGCAAUUUGCAACUGUUUGUCAGUCGGGAUGGUACCACUGCUCUUAGCGGCAUCCAGCUGGGUAACAGGGUGUCGGCGGGUGUGUUCGAGCCUGUCGUGAUUGAGAGUCAUUAGCUGAAUCGGUCACACUCCUCCUGAAAUACAAGUGAUGGCCAAAAUAAGUGGGGAUAAACAAGACUGAGGAGGAGUCGUCCAGCAUCACACUAACGAGAUGUUUUGAUCCUUGCAGUCUUUUUCUUGUCUUCACUGAUCAGUUUAUUCACACGCUAUGAUGAUAGCACCGAAAAAUCCUUCAAUGUAUUAUACGCAAAUGGUGGUGGGUGGAUGAUUAAUUAUUAUUAUUGUUAUUAUUAUUAUUAUUAUUAUUAUUUGCCACGUAAUCAAGAUGUGUUAUGACACCAUAUUUGCAAGUAAAACAAACUACUUGAAAUACCUGAAGUAGUUGAACACUGUGAAAAACUGUCUUAGGCCUAGGAAACAUCGUAUUUAUGGCUGAAACGGCAGCCCUUAGGAUUUUAACGUAGAAAUAACGAUUCCUAUAUUGCGUAGCUGUUCAGAUAUUAUUUAAUGGUUCCAAUCUGUGUUUUUCCACCAAAUUAUUAUUUUUUUCUGAUCAGUUGUAUAACAGACCACUAAAAUGUGUUCGGAGUUAAUAUUCCUUAGCAUCGAAUAUCCUGCUUUACUUAACCACUAUCAUUUCCCUGCACUGGGAAUGAUUUUAGAUGGAAAUUCAAUUUUAUUUAUUUAAUUUUUUAAAGAAAACCGUAUAUGCAGUGGCUUAGAAAUUUCUUUUUGGUUUCUUUUAAAGUAAGAUUUGUUGCAAUAAUUACCUAGUGAAGGUUUCCACAAAACAUAAAACUCCUUUUUAAUUUCAGAAGGUUUGGAAAUACCAAAAUAUUUUGAACACCGUCUCAGCCCUUAUUAUUUUAAUAUUCCUAUGGAAUUUUCAAACAUGAAAUCCUAAAAGCAUGAUCUGUGAGGUGUUUAUAGUGUACUGGCUUAAGCAGUCAGCUGAAUUAUAAGUCACGUAUCAGGAUAUCUGACAAUUCUAUAAAUAAUGUACAGUACUCUGCCAAAGUCUUGAGCCACCCCUCAUUUUUUUCAUUAUUAAAUUAAUUGAAUUGCUAAAUUUUAAAUUAAUGGAAUCAAAUGUUUCACUUUGACAGGCUGCAAAGUAAACUAAUUACAUGCCUGAUCAUCUGUCAUCAUCUGCACCUGUUUCUUACUGGUUCAUGCCUUUAAUUAGAUGUAUCUUAUGCUUGCAUAAUUUAUAGUUCACUGUGAGGCUUAACAAACAAAAAAACCUUCCAUAGAAACUUGUCAGGUACAGGGACUGGCCUGAAAACGAGAACCAAAAAAGUCCUGUAAAUCUAUUCUUCAAGACUACUUACUCUAUGCAGGCAAAAUAUGAAAAAAUGAGGGGUGGGGGGUGGUAAAGUGCUCGCCCUAUCAUCCGGGCAUUGCUGGUUCGAUCCACGGGUGAUGCUGUAGCCUCUCACAGCUGGGGGCCUAGAGAGAGAGCUAAUUGGCCAAGCUCUCUCAGCGGGGUGGAAUGGGAGGCAUUCAGUGCUCUCUCAUUAAUUACGGCUCUAUGGCCAGUCAGCGGUUCGAAAAGAUGCGGUCAGUGACGUCACAUGGUUCGGAGGAAACACGUGAUGGUCAGAAACCCCUUCCAACUGAAUGGUCGCAGUAGCCUUAAUGUGGGAGCCUCCUAGUGACAGGGUGGAAUUGGACACGACUAAAUUAGGGAGAAAAUCGGGAGGGGAUUGGGGGGUGGGGGGGGGGGUUUCCAAGAAAAACAUAAUAAAAAAUAAAUAAAUAAAAUUAGGGCUAGCUCAAGACUUCUGCACAGUACUGUAUGACUUUGACAAAGUCAAUGUUUUUUAUACACCAAUGCCUCCAGAUUUUUGUAGUUAGACAAAGGCACACAAGGCAGUGGUGGCUCCACAUCUGAGUUACUGCUGGUGCUGUAAGGUACAUGUAAGCCAUUUAUAUAUAUAUUACUGUUUAGUUAAAUAGAUUGGAUUAGAUUAGUUGACACAGUAAAUGUGUAUAGAAAAGCAUCAUAACUGACAUAGUAGUAGAUCUAUCUGGGUUUCAACAAACCAUUCGAGCAAAUAAUUUGUAAAAACUUCCGUUGCUGAAACAAGUUUUAAUUUUAAAGGUUUUUUUGCACUGUGGAAGCUUUUAUGAGUGGUAAUUGUGCCAUAUUUAGCUUGAAGAAAAUAAUCGAAAUUGCACUGCAAAGUCAAAAUAUGAUGACACGAAAAUAAAUAGACACAGAGCUGUAUGGCUGGCCAUACUGAUACAUAUCACAUCCAGGUUAACAAGUUUUUAGCCAUUCCUCCAUAGAUAGACUGCUUUCUGGUGUGUUUCUGUGUGCGUGUGUGUCUGUGUUGAAGGUAUUAGAGCAUUCACAUGAGUGACUCAUAUGUUCUCCAGCUGGCCUGGGGAAUCCCAUUACACGUCAAAUUUCUUCAUGUCCGUACUUCCCAAACACACUUUUCCCACUCUGUUUCACUCGUUUAUGUUUGUGCUGCAGGAUUCAGCCGUGUACAUAUGAGUGCUAAUCGAGUGUUAGUGUCGUACUGCAGUGCAGUACACCAAAUGUCCCCAUAUCGAUUUUUGGUUCAACACAAAAUGUGGCAGUAUUUUUAUAAAGCAACAUGUUCAUCCCUGUGGAGCAGAAACCUCAUAAGUUUGUGUGCACCAUAAUGGAGUGCAUGUGAUUGGAAGAUGGAGGAUGUGGCUUGAAAAACUGGCUUUGUUGCUUAGAUCAGAGCAAAUGACUCACAGUCACGCCACCAAACUUGGCAUAAGGCUCUGCGCGUCUCCCACUGCACCUGGUGUGCAUCCAGAGACGGCGGGGCUUCUUCCCCAUUUGUGUGUCUGUGUUUUAUUGUUUUAAAAGUUUGUGUUGUACUGUUUUUUUUUUUUGUUUGUUUGUUGUUGUUUUUUUCAGUUUGAGCUAAUCGUAAUGAUGGUCAUAAAAAAAAAUGGUCUCAGUUGAUCUGAGUCAAAAAAAACUUUGCACAUUUUACUUCCAAUAUCUUUACAAAAUCAAAGUGCAAUGUGAGCUUGAUUCAAGGAGGAUUUCAUGCUUUAAUGAAUUAACAUCUGAUUCCAAGCUGUAGGGAAAUUUUGCAGAUGCAGGAUAUUUCCUGCAUUUUUAUAAGCAAUUGUAUAUUAAAAAAAAACAGUUGUUUUUUUUCUUCAGUAGGAUGCUCCUUACAAAUAACAAGCUCUUUUUAUUGUUAUAUUUACUUUACUAAGAUUAAAUCUGUACCAAUAACUCCUUACAGCUGUGAUUUUUAAGAAUAAUUUUCUUAGGUUUCUCAGGUUCUUCAUUAAUACCUUAUAUACAGAGAAAUAAAGGUGUGCGAAAAGGAGCCAGUUUUAGUUUCUUUAAGAUCCGUUUGAUUGAAAAGUUCGGAAUGAUUAUCCAGUUUAAAAUUGAUAAAGAAGUAUAAAUGAAACAAAAAAUGGUUAUUUUUAUGGCACAUUUUUACAUGUUCCCCAAACAAAAAAAAUCUUUAGAAAUUCUUUUAAAAAUGUGUUAGAUUAAAAUUCACCCGGCAUUGUGAGUGAUUGACUGCACAAUUCAGCUAGAGUUUAUAUUCAUUUUUGCAUAGGAGCUUCAGGUUUGGCGUAAACUAGUAUGAGUUAUGACUCAUAAGUACAGUACAGUAAUGUGCAAAAGAAAUACUGUAAAGCAAAGAUGUCUUCAAAAAUAUUACAGUUAAACAUUUGUAUGCUAAAAAACAAAAGUAUAUUGUUGAAAGCAAUAUAAAAUGUGGUAAACUAAAUAUAGUCAGUAGAGCAGGUAUAACAUCGCUGUUAUUGGGGUUAACUUUGCUGGUUAAAAAUGUAUCCGUGGUCUCGAAGUUUUUUCUUAGCAUUUUGAAGAAACUUUCACCAUUUUCCAGGGAAUUUUAUUGUCAGACCUGUUUGCAUUACUGCAAAAAAACUCCGAUCUACUUCGGUAUAAAGCGUAUUACGAGGGGUGUUCGAGUCAAACCAAGACUUUUGACUUUGCAGAAUGACAGAACUGUUCUAAGAGUAAAAACUCCCUUUAUUUUUUUUUAUAUACUGUCCUGCCACAGUAAUACACAUAGCGUUUUUACUGUUGUUUGGAUAUUAUCAAUGUAGAACGUUUUCUCAGUACGCUGGAGCCAUGAACACACUGCCUACUUCAUGUCUAAAACGCUGCCCUCCCAGGAACUACUUUAAUGGCCCAAAAGUAUGUAAAUGGCUUGGAUUGAGGUCAGGAUUUUAUGGGUAAUGUGGCAAUAACUUCCAGCUGUGUUUUAGUAACGUGCUAGUGGUGUCGCAAAUGAUUUCGCAGAGAAAUGCGUCUCUUCCAAAGGUUGACAACAAAUUCGGUUUCAAGGGUUAGUCAUUACACUGAACGUUUAGUUCACAGAAAUGACUGCAGUGGGCUCUAAGCCACCUCUGCCAGGAUCAACAUUCAAAUGUUUUACUGCGGCUGAGUCUCAUCAUCAGCAUUUACUGUGCUUUUUUAAAUCAGUUUUAAGACUUCAAGUCCUGGUUUGACUCGAACACCCCUCGUAUGCAAGUUUGACUUCCUUUACUGAAAUAUUAACAUUUUCCAGGUAAGAUUUAGAAUUUACUCCCCCCCCCCCCCCCCCCCCCAAUCGCUCAAUAAUGCAGAAAUCAUAAAAUAAAUAUCAGAGAACAAAUCUGCAUUUUCGAAAAAUAAAUAAAUAUACAUUUUACAGUAUUGCCUUGCUGUUGUUGUUGGAUGUGAUUAAAUUUUUUUUGUUUGGGGAGCUUGGACAAUACACAUAUACAUAUAUUGCAGUUAUAUAAGCACAUCUGUCCAGAAUUAAAAAUAAAACAAGAUGUAUAUUAAAACUGUUUUUUAAAUUCUCUUUUAACUAACCUUGACUUUUGUCAUGCCACACACUUUUUCCUUUAUUAGUCUUUCUUGCGUAGGUCAUUAGCCACGUGCUAACGCUAAUACUGUGCUGUCUUACGGAUUUUCCAAACCAGCAGGCUGGUUUAUUUUCGAUUGCUAUUUCCAUCACAACCCUGUUUAUUCUUAUUCAUUCCUAGUGAUUCCUAAGUAUUGUGCCAGCAUAAGAUAAUUCAUGUACACACUACUUAAGAGGCUUUACCUGCUUACUUUUUUGCUUCAUAAAAAGCCUCGUGCCAUGCUGUUGUUCAGUCUUAAUAGGCUGUAACCUUUUGAUUUUUUUUUUUUUUUUUUUUGGUUGGGGGGGUAAACCUGAGUUUAUUUGCUAUGUGAGUACAUUAUUGGGAUGUAUGAGGGGCAAAUAAAUAUCAUGCACCAUAGUGUUUAAGUAAUUAGCUUUUGUGAGUUAUGAAUGCUUGAAAUGCAAAAUAAUAUGCUCAUUGUGACACAAGUUUCCGCACCCUGACUUACACACUUUUUGAGACUGAAACCGGUUUGUGGGCGUGCAGACCUUAUGUGAGUUUGAGGGUGUUGAUUAUAAAUGAAAAGAUAAACUACACUGUGAUUUAUUUUAAAAUUUCGUACUUUUAGUUUUUUUUUAAGGGAUGACGCACACCACAACGGCACUUAAUUACUAACUUACACAUAAGAUGUACACCUUUUAUCCAUAAAUAAUGACAUCCCUCUAUUUUGUAAAUGGUUAUAAAGCUAUGCACUUGGCUCAGCCGGAAAGAUUUCUUCAAAGUGGUUUAUGUUCGCCACGAUAUUCCAUACAGUUAUUAAAUUUUCACUAUAUAUUGGAAAACUUAAGAUGUCUAUAAAAAUUCAAUACUAUAGAUUUACCACAAAUGACUUUAUUUUUUUGAUUAUAUUAAAUAUAAAUGGAUGAAUGCUUAUAUUUUAUGGUCACAAAUAAUAUUGUUUCCAAAGUUUUCUUGACCUCAUCUUGUAUUCUUAGAUGUAUUCAUGUUUCAUGGUGGAUCUAAACUGUAUUUCUACACUCAAAUAUGGAUGUUUCAUAUAUUUGCUUAUGGAUGUGUAUUAAUGGAGUAUUUUGGGAGGAAAUAAAGGAAAUAUUGGGUGUUAUAGAAUAA